AUGUCAUCUGCACUUCUACACCCGCCUGCGCAUCUUCCGCCAGCAUUGGCUUUACAAAACUCGCAACAAGCUCCCUCGAUAUUGCGAAACACCCCUUCAUCGAUAUCAUCAUGGUCUUUGAGCUCUCUCUGGAAUACCGCGGAAUCGCCAGAACUAUGGACUACUUACGAAAAUCUAUUGAUGUCAUGCCUACGGACUGGAGAUGAGAAAUCUGCGCAGCUAUGCGUCCAGCGACUGCAGGAAAGAUUCGGGGUUGAGAAUGAGCGGAUUAUGGCAAUGAGAGGAUUAAUAUGUGAGGUCGGCGCAGAAGACGAUGCAGCAUUGAAAGUAAUAUUAGAAGGAUACGAGGGAAGCUUGUCGGGCAAUCCAAAUAACAUGCCUCUCUUAAAACGUCGCAUUUCGGUUCUCAGGUCACUUGGGAAAACAUCCGAGGCAAUCACCGCUCUCAAUGAGCUCUUAGAUUUGUCCCCCACGGAUGCAGAAGCCUGGGCAGAACUGGCAGAUCUUUAUGUCUCGCAGGGCAUGUAUCCACAAGGAAUAUUCGCACUGGAAGAGGUCCUACUCAUCACACCUAAUGCAUGGAAUAUUCAUGCCCGAUUGGCAGAGGUUCUAUACAUUGCCGCGGGUGUGAAUGAUUCGAGUUCGGACCGGUACCUUGCAGAAUCUUUGCGGAGAUUUUGCAGAAGUAUCGAAUUAUGUGACGACUAUCUUCGCGGAUACUAUGGUUUGAAAUUGGCCAGCAGUCAACUCCUCAGCAAGCCCCCAACGAGUCGAAACACCAAAUCGGAUACCAGUCUACCCUUACCAGACACAAAAACAAUCGAGAAACUGAAUGAGACUGCUACGUCUAAAUUAUCGGAAAUCGUUCGACGAAGUGCUGCGAAAGAACCUGGCUGGGAGGGCUAUGAUGAAGCAUCCCUCAUCGCCGCUCGUGAAUUGUUGACCAGGGAGUCGGCUUCUAUUACUCGUUGA